CGCUAGACGGGCUCCAAGGCGCACCGCGUGGCGAGGUGAGACGGGACAGAGCGACGGGCAGAGCCCGGUAUGUAGCUGAAAAAAACGAGAGACAAGCUAAAUCGUGACUAAGCAACUGGCUAGUUCUCUGGGUGAGGAACACAAGCGCUGCGCCAACUGAACACGCCGACCAAGCGAUGAAGGGAAAUAAACUCCUAGAUGUAAGAGCUUUAGCCGGGGAAUUAACCUGGUAGAGAGGGAAAGGGGCCAAAAGGCAUUCAGUGAGUGUAAGAGUCAAAAAGGGGUGAAGUAUUUGAGAAAUGACGCCACCAUCGCCCUCGCCGACCACACAUCCUGACCACAUUCCUCGUGCGCAGCCAGAAGCCGUGCUGCGCAGUGCCUUCCGGGAGAAGGAACGGCAGAAAACCCUGAUCCCGACCCCGCGCCCGUCCGCCGCAGGCCGACCGGCGCUGCCCGUCGCCAGCGACGCGGAGAACCACAACAACGAGUACCACCUGGAGCGGCGCAAGGACGCGCAGCUGCCGGCCGAGCUCGACAGCUGCUUCUUCCGCGACGAGAAGCGCCGCAUCGACUACAUCCUCGUCUACGAGGACACCAGCAUCCAGGGCAAAGUGCGCGGCCGGCUGGCCGAGAAGCGCUUCUUGAAGCAGGAGGCUUGGCGCGGACGCUUCCGCGCCAACCUCCGCAAGGCCGGCCUGGAGAUGGAGGAGGAAAUCGUGCCCGGGGCGAAGAAGACCAUCCAUUUCAUCAAGCUCCACGCGCCAUGGGACGUGCUGUGCACCUGGGCUGAGGAGCUGAAGAUGAAAGCGCCGCUGCAGAAAAAGGACCCGAAACAGUGUCAAGAUGUCCGGCCCAACAUGCCCCAUAACUGGUCGGAGUGGAUCCUGCAGAAGCUGCACAUUCCUAACGUCAUGCAGCAGGACGUGCCCAACAAGCCGGUGGAAUACUUCACCUGUCCCUUCAAGAAGGCCAAGCUGGACAAGUUCCUGGGCAGCGAGGAUCAGGACAAUUACUUCUCUACCGCACAGCGGAUACGAAUCGUGUACGAGAUUCUGGCCACGUCUGUGUUUGGCAAACGAAAGCAGGGCGAGGUGGGCAUCGAGCGACUUGUCGACGAGGGCACAUACCACGCCGCCUUCCCUCUACAUGAUGGCGAGUAUGUUAUACCGAAGGACUCUGAUGUGGCGCCCAGCGAACUGAACACUCGCCAGGUACUGUAUGAGUAUUGGGGUCGCUACUCUCGCUGGUACAAGUACCAGCCACUCGACCAUAUACGAGAGUACUUCGGGGAAAAGAUCGGCAUCUACUUUGCCUGGCUAGGAUUUUACACCGGUUGGCUUCUUCCCGCUGCUGUGAUAGGGUUUUUGGUGUUUCUUUAUGGUGUUAUCACCAUUGACAACAAUGAUAUCGCUAACGAGAUAUGCGAAAAGGAAGGCCAGUUCAAAAUGUGCCCACUCUGUGAUUACUGCAAGUAUUGGGACCUCCAUACCAUCUGCGCCUAUGCCAAGAUCGCCUACCUUUUUGACCACCCCGGCACCGUGUUCUACAGCGUGUUUGUUUCGUUCUGGGCGGUGACGUUCCUCGAGUACUGGAAGCGCAAGUGUGCCACGCUCUCGCACCACUGGGACUGCAUGGACUACCAGGAGGAGGAGGAGCGGCCGCGGCCCGACUUCGCCGCCCGCGCGCCCUCCUACGGCAAGAACCCCAUCACGGGCGUGCGCGAGCCUACCUUCCCGCCCGGCGUGCGCAUGAAGCGGAUCGCGGCAGGUGCCGGCAUCAUCGUACUGAUGAUGUCGUUGGUCCUCAUCUUCAUCGUGGCCGUCAUCAUCUACCGGGUGCUGGUGUCGAUCCCGCUCUUCCAGAACCCGACGUUCCGAUCGCAGGCGCAAGCCAUUUCGUCACUCUCGGGCGCCGUCGUCAACCUGAUCCUCAUCAUGUGCAUGGGCCGCGUGUACGAGAAGCUGGCCUACCGACUCACCGUCUGGGAAAUGCAUCGAACGCAGAGCGAGUUCGAAGAUAACCUGACCUUCAAAGUGUUCGUCUUCCAAUUCAUCAAUUUCUACUCGUCGAUAUUCUACAUCGCCUUUUUCAAGGGCCGAUUCGUGGGAUACCCGGGCCACUACAAUCACAUCCUCGGGCUCCGGAACGAGGACUGCGCCGCUGGCGGCUGCCUGGUGGAGCUGGCGCAGCAACUGGCGGUCAUCAUGAUCGGCAAGCAGAUGGUGAACAACGCGCAGGAGAUCAUUCUGCCGAAGCUGAAGGCACGCUGGCAGAACCGCCAGGUGAAGGGCACCAUUAGUGCCAGUAGCAAGACCCGAUGGGAGGAGGACUACCAGCUGAUCGACUCUGAGGGACUCUUCCAGGAGUAUCUGGAGAUGGUGCUGCAGUUCGGCUUCAUCACAAUCUUCGUGGCGGCGUUUCCGCUGGCCCCGCUGUUCGCUCUGCUGAACAACUGGGUGGAGAUCCGACUGGACGCGCAGAAGUUCCUCUGCGAGACGCGCCGGCCGGUGCCAGAGAGGUGUGCCAAUAUCGGCAUCUGGUUCACUAUUCUCGAGACGCUGGCCCACCUUGCCGUCAUCAGCAACGCAUUUUUGAUCGCGUUCACGUCGGAGUUUUUGCCCAAGAUGUUAUAUCAGUACGAAAUGCAUUGGCACCUGGAGGGUUACGUCAACUUCACCAUGGCCUACGCCCCGAACAGCACCGACCCUUCCGUGCCAGGGGAUUGCAGGUACCGCGGCUUUCGCGACGAGAACGGCAAGUUCACCACCUUCUACUGGCGCCUGCUAGCCGUGCGGCUCGGCUUCGUCAUCCUCUUCGAGCACGUCGUCUUUUUCAUCUGCAAGAUGAUCGACCUGGUGGUGCCGGACGUGCCCGAGAGCCUGAACCUCAAGAUCAAGCGGGAGCGUUAUCUGGCCAAGCAGGCGCUGGCCGACGCUAGCGCCGUCGCUACGGGCGGCGGCGAGGAGGAGAAGGACGAGCCUGUCGAGCCGGCCCAAACAGUGGUGCACGUCGCCGGGGAGGAGGAGGCGGCGCGCACUGCCUUGUGACGUGCGGACGGCGGGCGUCUGCCCGCCUGACGCCGCGAGACGCUCGUCUGACCGCCGGCCGGGGCUGGGCAGCGCCUCCCGCACUGGCGACGCUUGUGCUCACCCGCCGGGGUCGGGCGACGCCUCUGACCCCACCCCCCAGUCGACCUGGCGCCGCCUCUGCCACGGUCGGCCGUCCUCCCAGCGACGCUGGCCCUGCGCCGCCCCUGAUAUGGGACGUCUCAUGAGGUGGCUUGCCGUCUGACGUACCUGCGAAGUGGAAGGGCUUGUGGCUGUCCGAUCGUUAGUGCGUGUGGAAGAGUGGGGAGCUGCUGGCUUUCCCUUCCUCUGUCCGGGGUCCCUUGUGGAUAACGCUGCUGUCAGUGGUUUUUGACGGGAACGGCUUUCUGAAUAUUUCAACGCACUAUUCCGCCGUUGCAUUCCUCCAAAUAGUGUCCUUGUUCAUAUGUGUGUUGGUUCAAUUUCUCCGAAGACACGCACGCUAUACUUGAAGCGGUGUAAUCAGGAGUUCUCUCGCUCUCUGUCAUAUCGUGGCCAUUCUUUCAAGUGUGUCAUCAUGUUAGGCAUUCUCAGGGCCCCAGGUAGCCCCGCCCGAGGCGCACUCUUUUCUCGACGCUAGUUGAGAUCUUGUUCAGACAGUGCUUAUAGUGCGCAGAGUCGUGAACAUUCCGAACGAGCUGGUUCAUAUCUUGGAAGCGCUUUCGUGUUGAAGGCCUCUGAGAAUUGUGAUGGUUUCUGCGAUUUACCGCGUCGCAAACUCGGACAAGUCACGUGUUAUGCGUACAGCUUACAGGAAGCUCUGAACUAAUUUUACCGGUGAUCAUAUCCAUUGCUGCAGGUGUCAACAAAAUCAAACGACUUGACACAUAUCCCGUGUCAGAAAUGCUCCAUGGUCUUCAACUGAUCCUGCAUGCUGGGCGCAACCUUGUCUUCAGAGUUAGCAUCUCCGUCCAAGCUAGCGUUAGCUAUACUGCAGCUGUUAGCAACCUGAGAAUCUCAGGGGCAGUGGGUCGCACUCACAAAGGUAUCUAUCAAAAAGUCUUAAGAAUAACCAAAAAGUCUUUAAAAUUUAAAGCGCAUUUCCCUUUCAGCUUUUCGGCACUGAUCUUUCCCUUUCCUUUUUCAUUUAUGUUAGCAGAGAUUUGUUGGCUUUUGGACUGCUUGCGAUAGAACCGUUUCUUCUGGGCCUGUGUGCAAUUAUGCGUUGACGGGACGCCUGUGUCCAAUGGACCUGUGGGCUGGUGGUAACGGUAUGGUUGUAUGACCUGUCAAGCACCCACACACGCAAAGCCAUGGUAUCUGCGUGUGGCGACGGUAGCCUAGUCAGGUAACGGCGAAAAUUUCUUAUGGAGCUGGCAUUAUUACGUCUUAUCAUAUCACGGAAGGACAAGGCCUGGAGUCAUUGUUAUGUUUUGCCAUAUCACAGAAUCGGAUCCAAUUGUACAUGUGUAUGCACCGAUGCGGCUUAUUCGCGAUAUGCUAUGCCUCGCACGUGCUUUGCGCCGAAAGAGUUAUACAUUGUACACAAAUAUUUAUCAGAUCAGGAAGUACGUAUACUAAUGAGUACAGGAAAUCCAUUCACUACUUGUGGUGUGUUUGUGCAGCCACAUUUCCGCCCUGGUAUCAUCUUUUCUAUGGUUCGCAAAGGAAACCAAAUGGAAAAGUAACUAUAACGUACAGUAUUAAGCUCCAUGACAUAGAUGCAAGAAACUGCUUAUUUUCAUUUGUACCCUGUUGGCUUGUAGACCCGAACCAAAACUGAUGGCAAAAAUUGCAACAUGCAUACGAAUUAUGAAGGCAUUAUUGGUAGGGAAACCAAAACUCAACGCGUCAUAGGGGCGAGUUAUGUCUGGCGCGAACAGUUGCACGUCCCUGUCAGAGAAAUAUACGCAAAGCUUAUGUUGCGUUGAUGGAGGCCGGCAUCGCAUGUAUGCACACGGCACCUACAACACCCAUAUGUCGUCCAAAUGGGAGCGACUCUUUGUUCCGUCAGUAUCGCUGUACUGCAGCGAACGUCUUAAAAUGCCGUUGAGAGUGGCUUUUGACUUUUGUCAUCUGAUACGUUGCCUUGGAAUCGUCACACCACCAGCGUCCAGCAGUUUUGUUGGACACACGCCGCUUUACCUCAUCACUCCCGUCAUUGUGUUAACUUGGCAACAGCGGUGACUGUCAAUGCAAAGAGCAUGAUGUACCCGCUUGAGUCGUCUGUUUGACUUCGUUACCAAGCAGUGCUGUGGCCGCCAAGCGCACCCCGUUAGCGGCCGCGUCAUCGCUCUGUUGUUAUAUCGUAAUGCAUUUUCUGGACUGGAUCGAUUCAUCUCGCAGCAAAGGAUACCGGGAUGAGGGACGCGUGUGACUGUUGUUCACCGUCGUUAUGGUUUAUUCUGUACUCCAAUAUUUAAGGGGUAGACGUGAUACUUCGGUGAAAGGCACAGAAUACACAUAUUUUUGUA